UAGAUUUAAUCAUGGCCGGGUUGACCGGGAAAGUUAUUGAAAGUUUAUUAGCUAAGUUUCCUCAAAAUUUUUCCUAUGUUUGUGCAUAUGGAUCUUCAGUUUUUCCUCAGAAACACAAGCUUGUAUCCGAAUUGUUUCAGAGUUCAAUGAUUGAUUUUAUCUUUGUUGUGGAUGAUCCCCUCAGCUGGCAUAAAGCCAAUCUUCAGCUGAACCGUAAUCACUACUCUAUCCUUAAAUUUGCUGGUCCUGAAGUUAUAAAGCUGUUUCAAGAAGAAUAUGGAGCUAAAAUGUAUUUUAAUACCCUUGUUCCUGUUGGUAAUCAGCUCAUUAAAUAUGGUGUUAUUAGCACUGAUCACUUGGUUGAAGAUUUGUUAGAUUGGCAAACAAUGUAUCCUAGUGGCCGUUUACAUAAACCUGUACAAACCAUUAGAGAAGCCAAAAAUAAUGUAUUAAAGAAAGCAUUGUAUACAAAUCUUCAAAGUGUUUUGCAUGCUGCUCUUCUUUGUUUAGGUGAAUUUUUCACGGAAGAGGAAUUAUAUCAAAAAAUUACUGGAUUAUCCUAUAAUGGUGACUUCAGAAUGUACUUUGGUGAAGACAAGAGAAAAAUAAUUAAUAUUGUCAAACAUCAAGUUCCUCAUUUUCAAAAGUUGUACAGUGAGCACAUACAAUCCAUGCCUGGUUUGCACUGGAUAAAGAGUCGUAAUAUGUUUGAGCAAGAUUGUAGCAAUGAAAGUACUUUACACCAUUUAAAUCUCUUACCAAAAAUGGUUCAACACAACUUACUGAUUGAAUGGAAUAAAGAUGGGAAAUACAGAGAUAUGGAGGAAGUUCUGUCAACAAUAUCGUGUGAUCCUGAUUGUGAAAAGUUAGUUGAAAAAGCAAUAAACACCAUUGUUUGGUGGUCAAGUAUUACUCAAAGCCUGAAAGGCAUAGUUACUGCAGGUUUGAAAAAAUCAUUUCUGUAUAGCUCAAGGAAGAUAAUGAAAAUGAUUACAAGUCUGUGAAGUUUGCCUUGUGAGCUUAAUUUUUGUCACUCUCAUAAUGAAUUUCAUUAAACUGGUGUUAUAAAUCAUUAAGUUAAUAAUUCACAUGUUUCACUGUUCCUUCAAAUUAAUAAAAAGUUUUAGA